AUAAACAUUGUAAAUUGUAAAUAUAUUUUGUGUUUUUGUGUAAAAUGAGUAAUAAUAUUCCUGAAAACUCACCUGGAAGAAAGGCAAUAGAAACCAUGGAAAACCUUCAUAAAGACCUUGUUUUUAAAAAGCCAUUCGGUAUUAUUAAAAAGAGAACAAAGAAAAAAAUUCUGGAAGAAGAUAACUAUGUAGAAGAAAUAGGCAAAAUUAUUCAGAGGGAUUUCUUUCCAGACCUAGAAAAAUUAAAAGCACAGAGUGCUUAUUUGCAAGCAUUGGAAACGAAUGACACAUUGAAAUUAAAGGAAUUAUAUGCCAAAUAUAGUGGUAGUCAACAUCCACCAGAAAGAAUACCUAGUCCAGCCACAUUUGAAACUCCUGCUAACAUUCAUGGAUCCCAGCAGCAAAAUCAAUCAAGUACAAAAAAUUCAGACAAUGUAGAAAAACCAAUUGAAAAUAAACUGAGUCUAGAUCAAUACUUAAAUUCUCAUACCUCUCAAGAUAAUGAAAGUUUUGAAGAGCUACUCCAAGAAUCUGAACAGAAACGGAGAGAGAAGUAUUCAUAUUUAUUUAAUGAAGAGGAAAAGAGUGAAGAGCACCAGAAAAGAAUAUUAGCUUUACCAUCCGUAGAGGAACAAGCUGCAAUACCAGAGAAAAAGUUUGGUUUGGAUAUGUGGGGCUACAAGAACAGAAAUUAUAUUAUGUAUGUACCCGAUGGUGUGGAUUUAAGUGAAGAAGAAAUUAGAGAAGUUAAUAAAAGAAGGCAAGAGAUAGUUCAUUCCAAUACAAGAUUAGCUAUUAAUCCUUUUAAUGAAGUUCAAAGUGCAGAAACUAUUAAUGAAUUGGCCAAAAGUCAAGCUAAGGUCCUCGAUGGAAAAAUUGGCGUGGAUGGUAAAGAACUUCUCCAAACAGACAUACCUAACGUAGGGGGAUAUAGUUUUGUAAGAACUCCAUCGCCUUCACCAAGUUUGUUGGGAACUCCUUUGAUGACGUGGGGUGAAAUAGAAGGAACACCAUUUAGACUUGAUGGGAGUGAUACACCAUUACCAAGGAGUCAAGGACCAACUUUCAAGAUAUCAGAACCUCCUAGGAGAGAGCAACUAGCAUUGGCUUUAGCAGAAAAAGUAGGAGAAAAGAAGAAUAUAGAGAAAAGGAAAAAUAUUGAUGCACAAAGAAGGCAAUUUGCUACACCAUCUCCGAGACCCCAUACUUCAGCCAUCGACAGGUUAGCAACGAUGUCUCCCGCUGCAAGGAAACUAGCGACAUCGCGACUUAAACUCGGAGUCAGUUCAGACUUAAGAUCACUAUAUUCACCUAGUCCAAUGGCGAAAUGUCAGAAGACUCCAACCCCAUCGCCGAGAAGAGCAUCUACUCCAUUGGUUAACCUAAAAAAUAAGAAGGCUGCAGAAGUUUCUACGGAUGAUUUAUUGAAAAUUGAAGUUCCUAAGAGGAUUCUUAAAAGGAAAACGGCAGCAGACUUUUUUUAAAUGUAUAUAUAUAUAUAUAUAUAUAUAUAUAUAUAUAUAUAUAUAUAUAUAUAUAUAUAUAUAUAUAUAU